CUCUAGAUAUAUCAACUCCAGAAUUCCAUCGGACUAUGGCUGGAGAUUCUCUGAACCUUCCUGGGAUGUCCCUGAAGCUGCUAGUGACUCUCACCUGCCUGCUUCUGACUUGCGCACUGAGGGAACGGGUACCCUUGCGUGAAAACGUGUCCCACUGUGAGCUUUACCUGCCUCCCUGGGGAGCGCUUAAUGGUGGUAGUCACCAGAACCCUGGCAUUCUGAUCGCCAACUCCGGGUUCCAAGUGCCACAGGGCCGCUCGGUUUGGCUCAACCCACUGCGGGAUCUGGUGAUUCGAGUGCAGCGAGGGGACCAGUGCAAGGUGACAGUGCUGGACUUCCCGCGGCUCCAAGGCGCGCUCUCCCCGCAACAAUUUCCCUGUGAUUUCGGGGCCCAACAGGUUAAGUACACUCACUUCGGCUCGCCCAGCUCCACAAGAACCCGGAUACAGCUGCAGGUGCGCUAUGACGCAGGGAAUUCCACCCUGGUGCUGCCCUUCACUCUGCAAGUGAAUGUAGUCUUCCCCAAGCUUCAGUUGGUGGCGCGCAACAGGCCACUGAAAGUGUUUAAAGUGCUAGGCUGCAGCCACGCCAUCGACAGGAGAGUGCUAAACUUUGCCUCCAGGAGCAGGUGCAGGCUCACCUUGCUUCCUCACCCUGGCGGACCACUCCCCAAGUAUGGACGCUUGGUGGACACCGCUGGGAACCCUCUCUCCAGGGGCCAUCUGGCUGACUGUGAGGCUUUUAUCCAGGCUGGGGUACGCUACCAGCAUACCACCACACAGUCUUCACCCAGCAGGGACUACGUGCCCAUGCUAGUGGAGCUGCUUGGACCAGAAUCACAAGGUACUAGGUCAGUGGAGGUGCUGGCCCAGGAGUACUUCCAAAUUCAAGUCAGAAUCCAGAAGCGAGCCAGGAGCACAGCACCAAGACCUAGUCUCACGGCUCUAAUGAUGGUGGAGGUUGAACAGUCCUUACUGACAGCCCUGACACCUGAAGUGCUGGCUGCAGAAGACAGUGAGUCAGACCCUGACGACCUAGUCUUCAACAUUCUCAAUAUCCCCGAGGCCCCAUCUGGACACCAUGGUGGACAGGGUUAUGUGGUGAACACAGAUGACCCCCUGGGCCUUCCAGUCUCUUUCUUUACCCAGAAAGAGCUUCAAGAGCUGAAAAUUGCCUAUCGACCCCCAACGGGGAGCUCAGAAGGGGACCACGUCUUUCAGCUCAAACUGCAGGUGGUGGAUGAAGAUGGUGAUGCCUCUGAGCCUUUUGCUUUCAUGGUGGUGGUAAAGCCUAUGAAUGCUCUGGCUCCAAUAGUUAGCUACAGAGGAGGACUUGUGGUUUUUGAAGGCCAGGCAAGGCCCUUGUCCGAUGCCCAAAGCUUUCAGGUCAGUGAUAAAGAAAAUUCCAAAGAAAUAAAAAUUGUUGCAGUCAGAGGUUUGCAACACGGGCAGCUGGUAGUGCAUGGGGCACCUUCUGGGUGCAAGAAUUUCACACUGGCAGACCUAAGUGCAGGGAGAGUGGUGUACCAGCAUGAUGGCAGUGACUCUUACAGUGACAACAUCAUCCUCAAGAUGGAGGAUGAGCACCACCAGGUGGACUUCCUCUUCCCCAUCACUAUCGUGCCCGUGGAUGAUGAGGCACCAGUGCUCACCACCAACAUGGGACUCUCCGUGACUGAAGGGCAAGUGGUCCAGAUAUCCCCCUCUGUCUUAUGUGCCACUGAUAUUGAUUCUGAGGACUCAGCUAUCCUCUUUGUGUUGGAAAACCAACACCUGGAAGGAAAAGAGGAAGAAACACAUGAAGACCUGGCCCCUGGUUCCUACAGCUCAAGCCAGCAGCCAGGCAACAUGCUGCUGAGGCAGGCUGAACCCCCUUCGUCCCUUCUGUACAGUGACUGGCACUAUGUGGAAAAGGAGGGCCUUUAUGAGAAGGUGGUGACUGAGUGGCUGCAGAGAGACAUAAUGGAAGGGAGACUGUUCUUCUCCCAUCCUGGACCACAUAGCCCAUCUCCAGUGGCUCAUCUGGCCUUCCAUGUGCAGGAUGACCAUGACCCACCAAACCUCUCCAACCAGCACUUCUUCACCAUCAGCAUUCAGCCUGCAGAUACGUCGCAUCCUCAGCUCUCUCCAGAAACUACCCUAGAAAUGACAGUGCAAGGAUACCAGCUCACUCCCUUCCAGAAGAAGUACCUCCAGUACACGGACCAGAACUCAGAUGAACAGAACCUGUGGUACACUCUACUGACGCGACCAACAGACACUGACAGCAACCAUCAAGUCCAGGCUGGAGAGAUCGUGCUCACUGAUUCACCAGGUAGACCCAUCGUUCAUUUUACCCAAGCCCAGGUCAAUCAUCAAAAAAUUGCUUAUCGACCCCCACAGAGAAAUCUUGGCAUUGUACCUCGAGUUGUACAAUUCACCUACAAGGUGGAAGACACUGUAGGCAACAGUGUGCCAGGUACAUUCACACUAUUCCUGCAGCCUUUGAACAAUCAGCCACCAAAAGUCAUCAAUAGAGGCUUCGCUGUCUUAGAGGGAGAUAGCUUUAUUCUUGGCAGAGGUGAACUUAAUGUUUCAGACCCUGACACCAAUGAUGAUCAAAUUUUCUUCAUUUUAGUUUGGGGUCCCCAGCAUGGACACUUGCAGUACUUUAAAAAAUAUAUGGUUCCAGGAGAGUCAUUUAUGCUAGCUGAUGUUAUCAGUGGGAGCAUCUCUUAUCAGAACAGCAGAGACCAGACUGACAGUGACGUCAUCUACCUAGAGGUUAGUGAUGGAGUGCACCAUAUACCCAUCACUGUCCAGGUUUCUGUGCAGCCUGCUGUGGCUGACAGAAGUCCUGGGAUUUCUAUCACAGGGACUCCAGUAUUGGCUACUUCUCUAACUGUCCUUGAAAAUGCAGCUUCUGAGAUCACUAUUGAUGUUACUCAUGGCAGAAAGAACACAAAUGAUUUGAUGCUAUCUUUCAUUGUGGAGGACAAGCCUAAACUGGGCGUGAUUCUAGUGAAUGGUUGGCCUGCAGAGCAAGUCACCCAGGAGGAGCUCCUUGGUGGGGCAGUCAGCUAUGUUCACACUAGCGGUGAAAUUGGCUUCCAAGGGGUGCAUGAUACUUUCAGCUUCAUCCUCUCCAAAGAUGCUUAUCACUGGGCCAUGAGAGACAACAUACUGGAGAGGGUACUGGUGGAAGUAACAGUACUGCCCGUGGAUAACAUGGCCCCCAAGGUCUUGGUAAGAGAGCCCUUCAUCGUAUAUGAAGGUGGGAAGAACCUCUUGACCCCACAACAUGUCAACAUUGAAGAUGUGGACACUUCCAAAGGUGAAAUCCUUUGCACUCUGACUGCACAGCCAUCCUCUGGCUACCUGGAAAACUUGGCACCAGCUCCUGGUUCAGAAGUGUCACGGGCUGGCAACCCCAUCAGUGCCUUCUUCGUCAAGGAUGUUCAAGUGGGGUGCAUCAAUUAUGUACAGAGUAUCCACAAAGGAAUAGAACCAGAGGCAGAUCAAUUCACCUUUUAUUGCUCUGACGGCAUCAACUUCUCCCCAAAGGUCCUCCUCCCUCUAACCAUCUUGCCCACCAAUGAUGAGCAGCCUCAACUUUUCACCCGUGAGUUUGUGGUAUUAGAGGGGAUGAGCCAGGUCAUAGAUGCCUCACUGGUCAAUGGAGUAGAUGCUGACUUCCCAUCGGAUAAGCUUCACUUUCGACUCACGGUCCUCCCCCAGCAUGGACAAAUCACACAGCAGCUGGUCACAGGCAGCAAGCCCAUCCACAGCUUUACCUUGCAGGAGAUCCAAGAGCCCUCCUCCAUCGCCUAUGAACAUGAUGACUCAGAGAGCACGGAGGACAGCUUUGAGGUCUGGCUGAGUGAUGGCAAGCACACCACUCACACAACGGUGCCCAUUGCUGUCAUUUUGGUGGAUGAUGAGGUUCCUCAGUUGACCAUCAAUGACGGACUGGAAAUAGAAACUGGACACUCUGAGAUCAUCACAAAUCAUAUCCUCAAAGCCAUAGAUCUCGACUCCGAUAACAAGAGUCUCAGUUUUGUUCUCCACUCUGAGCCUCAGCAGGGACUUCUGCAGCGGCUGAGAAAGCCAGGGGGAGAUGUAAAGCACAACCUCACUGUGGGAAUGAAUUUCACCCAGGGUGAAAUUGACAGAGGCCUUAUCCAUUAUAUCCACACAGGCCAGGGAGAGGCUGUUGAUCUUCUCAAGUUUGAUGUGACUGAUGGUGUUAACACUUUGAGAGAUCGCUAUUUCUAUAUCACCGUUGACAACUCAAACAGUGCCGUCCCUGAGAUAGUCAGCAAAAGAGUCACCUUGACAGAAGGUAACAGAAUGACCCUCACUACUGAACUGCUUAACACCAGUGACAUCCACAGCCCUGGUGAACAACUUCUCUACAGUAUCACAAGAGCUCCUAGCACAGGCCACUUGGAAAGCUCUGACCAGCCUGGGGAGCCCAUGGCUUCUUUUACUCAGCUUCAACUGGCCAGACACAAGAUAUCCUAUGUUCAUAUUUCAAAGGAUAAAAUAAAGUUGGACCACUUUGAGCUUAGAGUGACUGGGGGACACCACUCUGAGUCCAGAAUCUUUAGAAUAUUUGUCACAGAGCAGGACAACAAGAAACCUACCUUGACUAUCCAAGCACUAGCCCUGCAAAGAGGGGACAGCAUCGUGGUCACUCCUUCUCAGCUGACAGUGGAAGAUGAGGAUACUCCAGCUGAUUUUAUUCUUUUUACCAUCACACGGAUCCCCAUCCAUGGCAGGAUUCUAUAUAAUGAUAGUCAUCCUGUGGCCACUUUCACCAAGAAGGACCUGACAAAGAGCCUGAUUCUCUAUUGUCACGAUGGCAGUGAGACUAGCAAAGACAGUUUCUCCUUCACUGUGACUGAUGGGAUCCACACAGGCUUCUAUGUCUUCCCAGACACUGCCCUAGAGACACAUGUGCCUCAGACAGUGUGGAUCCAGAUAAGCCCCUUUGACGACAGGAUCCCACAGAUGGGCAUCAACAGGGGUGCCACAGCCUUGAAGCUCCUUCACACUGGACACUUGGGUUUCCUCAUUACCAAUGAGUAUUUACAAGCAACACAUCAGGGUGCUCCCCACAGACUCCUGACAUAUAAAGUGACCAGAGGACCGGAGCAUGGCUACAUCAUCAAUGCUGGCCUUGGAAAUGAGAAUACCCACAUGUUCACUCAAGCUGACAUUGAUGAGAUGCGGGUCUACUACAUCCUGAACAAGGGCAGAGGCCACGCAACAAGAGAUACCUUCUACUUCUCUGUUGAAACCAGUGGAGGAAAGCAGCUAAGAAACCAACCUUUCCAUCUAAACUGGGCUUGGAUUUCUUUGGAAAAAGAGUACUACAUUGUGGAUGAAGAAUCCCCAUUCUUUGAAGUGACCCUCACCCGCAGGGGAUACCUUGGAGGCACAUCUGUUGUUAGCAUUAGAACCAAAGGAGACACUGCAGAAGAAAAUAAGGAUUUUAAAGGAAAGGCUCCUAUGCUGGUCCAGUUCGGUCCCGGCCAGUCUACAGCCACAUGGAGGGUGGGACUUAUACCCGACACCAAGUACGAGACCUCAGAAACUUUCCAGAUCAUUCUCUCUGAACCUGGCGCGGCUGCACUGGAGUUUCCAGAGAUGGCAACAGUUGAAAUUGUAGAUCCUGAAGAUGAAUCAACAGUUUACAUUCCAGAGGCAGAAUACAAACUGGCAGAGGCUGUUGGGGAGUUUCUGGUUCCUGUGAGACGAUCUGGAGACACGAGCCAGGAGCUCACGGUCAUCUGCUCUACUCGACCAGGUUCUGCCACGGGCACAAUUCCUUCCAUGGAGUUAUCUUUGUCAGAUUAUGUCUCAAGACCAGAAGAUAAUACCAGCAUGCUCCACUUUGAAAAGGAUGAGAACGAGAAGACCUGCCAGGUCCUGAUUAUCAAUGACUCCCUUUAUGAGGAGGACGAGUCCUUCAGCAUUGCUUUGAGCCUGCCAACGGGAGGGCAGCUGGGAGCCAAAUUCCCCACUGCCAGGGUAACAAUCCUGGCUGACAGAGAGGAUGAGCCUGCCCUGCACUUUGAAUACUCUGAGGACCAUGCUGAGGAAAGUGCUGGCUACGUGGAGGUGGCCGUCUGGAGAAGAGGCACUGACCUUUCUCAAGCAUCUUCUGUCAUUGUGCACUCUAGGAGGACAGAGGAACAGGCAGCAGAAGCUGGAACAGACUACAUUGGUGUCAGACAACAUCUGCACUUUAGCCCAGGAGUGAGUGUGCAGAGACUCCGAGUGACAAUCCUUGAUGACCUGCCACAGCCUGCCAUUGAGGGUCCAGAGAUGUUUGAAUUACUUCUCCAGAUGCCUACAGGUGCAGUGAUUGGAGAACCAAAUAAGACCACUAUUACCAUCAAUGACAGUGUCACCAACUGUGAAGAGGAGUAUGUGUAGUUCCUUGGACUAAAUAAGACCUUCAAUUGGGGAACAGUAUCCUAGUUAUUUCCCAACACAAACUAAAGAUAUGCCAUUCCAGAGCCUAGUGACUCUGUGUAAUGACAUUGUACUGUCACUGUGUUUUGUGAAAAUAGUCUAUGUCAAUGCAUGGAAUAUACAAAGGAUUGAGCCAAUAAAAACAAUGAGGUCAUGUU